UAAAAAUAGUUCAUAGAGGUAGUAUGAUGACUAAGUUGUAAUUCCGGUUGAAGUUACCGCGAACCUAGCUUGCCACUUGACUCUUCCCUACACCUGGCAACUGUACGUAAUCAAUGUAAUAGUCAAAUUUACUUGUUAAUUUCACACUACGAUUCUUAUUUGGUCAUGAUGGCGCUGGGCUUAAAGCAGGGCGGCAUUGCGCUGGCGACGGUUAUCCUUGCAUCGGCGCUCUUCAGCGUAGGAAUAGCUGCCGUUGCACCAAUCGCUGCAGAUUCUGUUACUGGAAUAUAUAUACCUGGAUGGGCUCAAAAUACGGCUGCCGGAGCUGACUUCUUUAACAUCUCCGCCGUUAACCUGGAAGGCGUCUCGCACAUGUAUUACGCGUUUCUCUGGAUUGACGCCACAAAAUACACUGUCUAUGAUCCAUUUGGCAACCUGCCACUGCUCACGGCUCUCAAGGCCCGCUGGCCCACCACCGCCCUCAUCCUCUCCAUUGGCGGCGGCGGUUUCAGCACUUCCAUUUGGUCCGGCCUUGCCAGCAGUACGACAAGCCGGGCUGCCUUCAUCAGCAGCGCCGUGGCCGCCAUGAAGGCGGCGAACGCGGAUGGUAUAGACCUGGAUUGGGAGUUCCCGACUGCCGCCGACCGCGCCGCCUUCACCGCCCUCGCAGCCGCCCUCCGCACCAGGCUGGACGCAGAAGCCGCCUCCUCUUCCCCCUCCCGGCGCUACUGGCUGAGUGCCGCCACGCAGUCCAUCGUGUCCGGCGGCCCCUCCUCGGGGCCCAUGGCGGGCUAUGACCUGCCCGCUCUGGCGGCCCACAUGGACCUCUUCAACAUCAUGGCAUAUGACAUGCACGACCCCUGCUACUGGGAGACCUCCACUGCGCUGCACACCGCCUGGAGCGAUGCGACCCGCGCGCUGGACUACUACGUCAGCCAGGGUGUCCCCCGCACCCAGCUGGUGCUGGGCCUGGCCUUCUACGGCCACGUGUACACCCUCAUCUCCCCGCAGCAGUACUGGCUGGGGGCGCCCUCCGUGGAGAGCAGGGACUGCUCCAACAUGCAGACGGUCUCCUACCGUGCCAUCCUAUCCGAGCUAGCCAGCCAGGGCGGCUCCGUCUUCACCGACUCGGCGCAGCGCGGCGCCUACUACGUGCGGGGCAGCAGGUGGAUCGGGUUCGAGCUGCCCGAGACACUGUACGACAAGAUCCAGGGCACCCGCAGCUAUGGUCUGGGUGGGGUGAUGGCCUGGGCUGCGGAGCUGGACAGCCGGGAGGGGCAGCUGCUGCGGGUGAUGGCCAGUCGGCAGCAACCCCCCAGCAGGCCAUGCGGGGGCGGCUAUGUGGGCAACGGCACCUGUGUUGCUGGAUCAUCAUCAUCAGCAGCAGCGGGGGGUGCGGGAGGGCAGCAGUGCUGCUCGCAGUGGGGCUACUGCGGCACGGGAGACACCUACUGCGGCAGCGGAUGCAGGGGCGGCCCCUGCUACCCCGCACCCCCCUCGCCGCCCCCCGCACCCCCGCCAUGUGGGGGCGGGUCGGUGGGAGGCGGGCGCUGCUCGGUGGCAGGGCAGUGCUGCUCACAGUACGGUUGGUGCGGCACCGCCUCCGCCUACUGCGGCUCCGGCUGCCAGGGGGGACCCUGCUGGCUCCCACCGCCCCGAUCCUCAUCACCACCACCUCCGCUUCCACCCCCACCCCCACGCUCGCCUCCACCCUCACCCCCACCGCAAAAGCAGCAGCCGCCUCCCUCUCCUAAGCCCCCUGCAGCCUCAUCACCCCCGCCGCCUUCACCCGCAUCCUCUCCCAAGCCGCCACCGCCCACUCCCUCUCCAAAACCGAUUUCACCCUCCCCCAAGCCUCCCCCUCCUCCUCCCCGGCCGCCUCCCUCCCCCAAGC